AUGAAGUCUCAUUUGACAAUAGAGGUGCUGCGAAAGCGUGGCUAUGCUUUACGUGGACAAAUUAGAGGAAAGCUCCAAAGAAUACCUCGAGUUUCCAUGCUUGCUUUCAUUGGCGUUAAUGGUGUUAUCGACUACUACGACUCUCGUGCAGGUGCUCGCCCUUACCCGAGAUCCAAUUCGCUUUGGAUAUUAUAUGGUGCAUCGAUCCACUGUCAUCCCGAAAUUGCUCACUUCCUCAGAAGCAUCGGAAUAGUACCGAUUUUUCUACCGGCAUAUUGCCCAUUUUUCAAUCCUAUUGAAUAUUUGUUCGGCUACGUGAAGAAGGCGUUCCAGAGGCAUUACGAGGACUCUACUGACAAUAAUUUAGUGCCCGUUGUGGCUGGACGGUGGAGGGCAUCUUCAAUCUCUUAG